GCUUCAGGUGGACAUGAGGAUAAAACUGUUAAACUCCUCAAAGAGGAACCUCUUCAGAGAGCAGCAGAAGUCAGUGAAUCACAGAGCUGGAACAUCGACACAGAUGAAACAGAUGCAUCUUGUCUACCAGGACCCAGUAAACAUUUCAGUGAGCAGAAUACAAAGGCGCAAGUGAACUGGGAGUCUGGUUUUGACCAGAGACCAGAUUUGAGCCAAGAUGCACACACGAGUGGCUCCUGUGAACCUCCAGUCCAGAACAGGUUUGGCAUCAAUGACUUGGGUGGCUUUAACAAGACUGAGCAUGGGGACAGCCAUGACACAGACAUGGGUAACUUUGUUGGCUUACAAAGUACGAAAAGCCGCACGGCUCCUGGUCUUAGUUAUGUGGACCAGUAUAACGAGGACGCGGAAGGACCCGAAGGAGCUGAGCACCACGGUUAUCCAGCAAACUCUCCGGAGAACAGAAGAGUUGAGAGUUCAGCAGCAAGAUCACCUUUAAAGACGAACUGCGACGUAAGUGGACAGUUGAGCUGUUUAUUUAUAGACGAGGAAGGGUAUCUGCAGGAUCUAAAUGUCCGUUAUGCCGAUCCAGAGUCUGGUGGCUCAGGCAGCAGGAGGAGUUUCUAUGGCCAGGACAUUCGAUUCAACCCCUCUGUAGACGGCACUGAGAACAUGUACGAGUCCUCAGAAGCUUACAGCAACAGCUUACAUUUGGGAAACAGGUUACAGCACCAAACUGCAGAAAGUGGUGGUGGGAGCCACAUCCUUCAGCAGUGCUUUACUUCCUUAACUGAUUCUGGUGCACUUAAGACCUACAAACAAAUCCAUAAAAGUACUGGACAAGGGCCCCCAUACUCUAGCAACCAGUGUGGAAAAACCUUUCCUCAAGCCUGUAACCCUAAAGUCCACCCGAGGCCUCCCUCAGGACAGGAACUCCACCUCUGUAGCCACUGUGGGAAAGGUUUUCCUUCCUUCGCAAACCUAAAAUCACACAAAUGUGGCCAGACCAGUGACAAACCUUAUUGCUGCCCAGUUUGCGGGAACAAAUUCAGCCGUCUCUGGAAUCUCAAGUUGCACCAAAGAAUUCACACCCAGGAGAAACCCCAUCGCUGUGGCAUGUGCGAAAAGAGCUUCACGAGGGCGGACAUCCUGAAGGUGCACCAGCGCACCCACACGGGAGAAAGACCUUACUGCUGCUCCAUCUGUGACCUGAGCUUCAAACGCCUGGAUCAUCUGAAGUCGCAUCAACGCAAACACAUAACAGACCUUUAAGAACAAGGCCGCCGAUUUAAGACUCGAUGUUGCUGACAUAUAUUUAUUUUUUAAACUUUUUUUAAACAUUCUUUGUAUGUAUGAAAAAUAUCAAACACCAGACACUAAAAUUCUCACAUUUAGUUUCGUGUUCUCUUUGUACUUGAUUUGUUUGUAAUUAAAAUGCACUGCAUGUGAGUAAAAUGGAAUAAAAGAACAAUAYUA